UCAUCAGGUAGUGGUGAUGCUCGUCGACGACAACCACCACCACCUGGUUUUCGAGAUGAUUUUACAAAUUAUGGAAACAAUGGAGCAGAUUGUCAUACUAAUCAACGACAAAAUGCUGCUGGAGGUGGUGCAACCAAUUUUUUAACUGGUGCUGCACUUGGAGCUUUAGGUGGUUAUGUAUUCGGCAAUCGACGAGGUAAUAAUAAUAAUCAAUAUAUGCCUAAUACAGCAAAUACUGGUUGGUUUGGUGGUGGAACAACAACUAAUACAAAUCGACAUAGUCCAUCACCAUCAUCAGGUGGUACUCAUACUAGCAGUGGUUUUGGUGGAACUACUCGUCGUUAA